UACAAUUAUCCUGUCUUCCGUCGUCGUGCUCUGCACCGCGCAAGGCGGCCUCGUCCUCGGACAGACUCGGGCAACGGAGCUCAGUCGCUCGUUCGCGCCCCUGGACGCCAGAUCGCGCACCAUGGCUCCCACCAGGUCAGGAAAUGAGGUUAAAUUUAGCAUCAAUGGAGAGACGUACACAGUCGACGAGAACUUCCCAGCACACACUUCACUCAACGCGUUCAUCAGAGACCACGCCAACCUCAGAGGUACGAAGGCAAUGUGUCACGAAGGAGGCUGUGGGUCGUGUGUGGUGGCUGUGAGGACCGAACACCCGUUCAAGAAACAGGAGAUGACUUACGCAGUCAACUCAUGUCUUGUCUCUGUGUUUUCGUGUCAUGGCUGGGCCAUCACCACUGUAGAAGGAAUUGGAAACAAAAGGAGAGGCUACCACCCAGUGCAGGCCCGACUUGCCCAACUGAACGGCACUCAGUGUGGAUACUGUUCCCCUGGAAUGGUCAUGAAUAUGUACAGCCUGGUUGAAGGAAAGGAAAUCACGAUGAAGGAAGUUGAGAACGCUUUCGGUGGAAACAUUUGCCGCUGCACCGGUUACCGUCCAAUUCUUGAUGCAUUCAAGUCUCUGAGCGUAGACGCCACUCCGGACUUACAGAGAAAAGUCCAGGACAUUGAGGAGGUGUACAAAAUCAAAAUUUGUCCCCAAAAUGGCAAGACAUGUUCUGGAAACUGUACUGAUAAUGAAAGCCAAGAGAAUUGCAAUGGAACAGAGCUCAUUUCUGGACAAGACACUUUGCAAGUUCAUCUUCAACUGAGAGGAGCUCAGUGGUUUAAAGUCACAGAAGUUGACGACAUAUUCAAAAUAUUUGAUAAAGUUGGCAACGUUCCUUAUAGGCUUGUGGCUGGUAACACAGGGCAAGGUAAAUAUGACUCUGACAGAUUGGCAAGGCGACUGUCAAUACUUUGAAAGGUUGGGCCACUGGUUUGAGGCUUACAUAACAACUCUGCCUUACAGUAUCAAUCAUGAUGAGAAGAUUAGUGCACAUGAUAAAUGGUGAACACGCGGAGGAAAAGAGUCACAAUGUAUUUCGUUUGUUAAAAUAAUUUGGGAAAGUCACUUUAAACCAGUCAUGACCGCCCAUGAAACUUUGAGUCAAAAGGAGUGCCACUGUAAUUGUGCUCAUAUUAUAAGCAUUACAAUAAAACACAUGUUUCGACCUUAUUCGGCCAUCUUCAGAUGAAUAACUUCAACCUUAUCUAUAUUGCUACA